AUGCGCUCAAUGCUUUUACAGACUGCAACAACGGCAGCCUGCCGCAACCCCGGGUUGUGUACCGAUGCGGCGAACCAGGAGGAAUGGCCCGUGGUUGAUGCCAUAGAGAUGCGAGCGCUAGUGCAAGUAGUGAAUGCAGCUGCCAAAUUCCAGAAAGGAUACGCACCCAAAAUUGUGGUUAUCGGCAUCGCCAGGAAGACUGACAUGCUGAUUCUCAAGGGUGACAGGGAGAACAUCAGAAGCUCUGAGCCAGGUACUGUUGUGGAUGACCCCGUAAUGUGUCCUGGCCCCACCCCCAAGUUCGUCUUGCUCAGCCAGGCCAUUGCCAAAGAGAGCGCU